AUGAACCCCGAAAUAGAGAGCGUGAAUGAGCGACUCGAAGAUCAGGCCCGACGACUUUCAGCUUUAAUUGGCGCAACAAAGCCCCGUGCCACUGACAGAUUUUUCUUGGUCCUGGGUAGAACAGGCUCGGGCAAGAGUACAUUCAUAUCCCGCUGCACAGGAAAAGAUACCAAUAUUAGCCAUGGUCUCUUCUCAUGCACCGACUCAUUGGAUGUGUUUGACAUGAGAUGGGAGGGACGUCGCAUUUACUUGAUUGACACUCCUGGAUUCAAUGACACAAACAGGCCAGAAAUUGACACGUUGAGUGUCUUGGCCACUUACCUGGGCGCAUCUUACUCAAAUGGCGUGCGAAUUUCUGGCGUGUUGAUGCUGCAUCCAAUAUCCGACAAUCGAAUGUCUGGCACCAACAUGCGGACCAUUGAGAUGAUAGAGGCCAUGUGUGGAUUUGACAGUUAUGAUAACUUGGCCAUUGCCACGACGAUGUGGCCGGAACAGUCCACCAAAUACGACAGGGCGACACUCAAUGCCCGCGAGGCCGAGCUCGCUGGAAGCAAUAAAUUCUAUGGUUCGAUGAUAUCCAAAGGCGCAGCAAUGUUUAGGCUCCAUGUUACAGGGAGAAAAGGCCAGAAUGGCGAAGUCUUCUCAGCAGAGCGCAUCUUGGCCCAUCUCAUCCGCCGAUCGGAUCUUCAUGCUCCAAAGGCCCUACGACUACAAAAGGAAUUGAUUGACGAAAAGAAGACCAUAGGCGAAACAUCGGCCGGGGCCGUCAUUGCCGCCGAUAUUUCCAGACACCACCAAGUCCGGGAGAGCGCAUUGCAGCAGUUGGAGGAGAGGAUACGAGAACACAUAUAUGGUGGUAGUAAAUCACGCCUUGCUGAACUACGGCAAAGCAAAGCCGCGUGGCAGCAAGAGUUGAAAAAAUUAGAGGAGGGUAACGAAAAGUUGAGACAAUCGAUGGAAGACCUUGGCGCAAAGGAGUUUCAGAAAGCAAAACAGAAGAUCGAUGAGAUUGAAGACCAUCUCAUGGAGCAGGUAAAUCUCAAAGAGGAGGACUUGAAGGACAUGGAGGAUUCUCUUCACCACAUAAACAAUGACCGAUCUAUGGCAUUGAUCCUCCCUAAAACGCCAGAACCAGACGACGGCUCUAGGUCAAGUAGACAGAACCAAACGAGCCGACAACGGACGCCAUCUCCCACGCCUUCGGCUACACCAUCAACUGCACCAUCUACUAUCGAGAGGCAUCUCUUGAGCCAGAAUGAGGAACUUAUGAGGUUGGUCAGGAUAGCCAGGAGAGAUGCGAGCGAGAUGCGUAGGAUAUAUGCAGCGUUCAAAGGAAAGACAAGAGACCAAGCCAUAAAUGGUACGGUAAACGGGGUUGCUGCCGGGGCCAUGUCUGGCAUUAUCGCUGCUGUCGCUGCAGGAGGGCUCCUCUGUUCUGUAAUGUAG